AUGGCUGUUGAUCCUGGCUGGAUGCGCGUUGGGUCGCGUCGGGUCUUGGCGAGUUUCAGGGGUCCCACCAGCUGCGCGUAUCUCUUCUUCAUUGUCGUUGCUGGUGUGACACAUGUCUUAUGGUGUCCUGUUGUCUGGCGUCGGUGUGCGGCCUUUAGCAACGGUCGGUUUAUCUUUGCUUUAGUAAUGAAUAGCUUUCAAGGUGUUUUAUUUCGUCACCUUUCACGCUUUCAAAAGGCGUGCCGUUUCGUCAGGUUUGUUGGCACAACAGUUGAAGAGGCAGAGAAGAAAUUGAACCCUCGUCACUUUCUCCUCUUGUUGUGUCCGAUUACAGCUUUUAGUCUCGGUUAUUGGCAAAUUCAAAGACGAAGGUGGAAAAUUGAUCUCAUGGCGAGAAUGGAGAAGAUCUUACCCUCCCCUCCCAUUCCCCUUGCAGAAGAUGUAAAAGCGAGUACUGAUUUACCCGAAUUCCAGCCUAUCAUGGUAGAGGGUCGAUUCGAUCACUCACGUGAAGUUAUCAUCGGUCCUCGCGUCAUCAUCACAGACGACAUUCCUGCAGGAGCCUACGGCAGCGCCUGGGGCUCGAGUCCAUCUGCUGAACAUCAUACGAAAGAAUCGAAUCUUAGUGAUUUCGGAGCGCCCUCACCAAACGGUUAUUGUAUUGUGACUCCAUUUGAGCUUAAAGAUCGGCCAAGUGUGUUCAUUUUAGUUAAUCGCGGCUGGGUGCCUACGGCUUUCAGAGACCCUGUCACUCGUCCUGACGGUCAAAUUCAAGGAAUUAUAAAAAUUACCGGAUUUAUUCGCUACAACGAAAAGCCUCCUCCAUUUACCCCUGCUCCAAAGACAAUGAGCAAUGCUGGAAAGGAUCAGCAGCCCCAUCAACAGUAUUUCGCUCGGGAGGUUAUUCGAAUAUCCAAAGCACUAAACACCUUGCCAAUUUUCAUCGAUGCUAACUAUGGAUCAACUGUCAAAGGUGGGCCAAUAGGAAGCCAGACGAAAGUGCUACUGCGAAACAAUCACACAGAGUACAUCAUCACUUGGUUUUCCUUGGGCGCUCUCUCGCUUGGAAUGUGGAUGUACUGGCUUUUCUUCUGA